CCUCUCUCGCCUCUAAUCUUGCCUGUAGUCAUAACGGCGAACGGAUUCACACCGAAAGACUCCUGAGACCGACGAGAAGUUCACCGAGGCACCAUGAGAACUUUCUCAAGCUUGUUUGUUAGUUUGCCACUUUUUGCGGCGUGUCUUCUUGCUGUUUCAGUCUCCACUGCGAGCGCUGACAGCUGUGAAGUAAAUGUGUGCUUGAAUGGAGGAACCUGUGUGACCGAAGCAGGAAAAGAUCCCUUUAAAUGCAUUUGUGCUGAAGGAUUCACUGGACCCACCUGCAACGAGACCGAUUUUGGGCCCUGCAACCCUAACCCUUGUAAAAAUGAUGGCUUCUGUGAAAUCGUCGCCAACUCCCGAAGAGGAGACGUCUUCAGUGAAUAUGUCUGCAAGUGUCCAAUAGGCUUCGAUGGAAUCCACUGCCAGAACAAUGUGAAUGACUGUGCCGGCCAGCCCUGUCAGAAUGGAGGCACCUGUCGAGAUCUUGAUGGCGAUUUCACCUGUAAAUGCCCCUCACCCUAUGUGGGAAAGCACUGCAAUCUGCGAUGCAUCUCUCUGCUGGGAAUGGAAGGAGGAGGCAUCGCUGAGUCUCAGAUUUCUGCCUCUUCCGUGUACUACGGCAUUCUGGGACUGCAGCGCUGGGGGCCUGAAUUGGCCCGACUGAAUAACAAGGGACUCGUUAAUGCUUGGACCUCUGCGACACACGACAAGAACCCCUGGAUUGAGAUCAACCUGCAGAGGAAGAUGCGUUUCACUGGCAUCAUUACCCAGGGUGCCAGUCGCAUGGGCACAGCCGAGUUCAUCAAAGCCUUCAAGGUGGCGUCCAGUUUGGAUGGGCGAACCUUCACUGUGUACAGACCUGAGGGCCAGAGCAAAGAUGUGAUCUUUGUUGGUAAUAUGGACAAUGAUGGGACAAAGACUAAUUUGUUUGACCCUCCAAUCAUAGCUCAGUACAUACGAAUCAUUCCUGUUGUAUGCCGUAAAGGAUGUACACUGAGACUGGAGCUGGUGGGCUGUGAACUCAAUGUGUAUUUGAACACGACAGGUUGCUCCGAGCCGCUAGGUAUCAAGUCACGGCUGAUCGAUGACAGACAGAUGACAGCUUCCAGCACUUUCCGCACCUGGGGGAUCGAGUCGUUCACCUGGCACCCGCAUUACGCUCGUCUGGACAAGCAGGGCAAGACCAACGCCUGGACAGCAGCCACCAAUAACCGCUCCGAGUGGCUGCAGGUGGACCUGCUCAGACCAAAGCGCAUCACAGGGAUCAUCACGCAAGGGGCCAAAGACUUUGGCAACGUGCAGUUUGUGUCCGCCUUUAAAGUGGCUCACAGUGAUGAUGGCAAGUACUGGACCAUACUCAAAGACGACAAGACAAAAACAGAUAAGAUUUUCCCUGGCAACAGCGACAACAACGUGCACAAAAAGAACGUGUUCGAGCCCCCCUUCUACGCACGAUUCGUCCGCAUCCUGCCGUGGGCGUGGCAUGAACACAUUACCCUGCGAAUGGAGCUGCUGGGCUGCGAUGAGUAGAACUCCUCCCUCUCCAUCUCUCUCACUAUCUCUCUCCUUCUCCUCUUUUAUACUUCCCUCCAUUCCUUCUUCCCUCAACCACGCCUGCACUGCCUCACUCUUAGCAACAGAGGGCACCAUCGCCACACCACCCUGCACAGCUGGGGACCCAUGUCACAGCAGCCAGCAGCAAAUGAAGCUCAAACCCACAGCGUGACGCGUUUAGCAUUAAAUAUUUUGUACUAACCAUAGUCUGAUGCAGUGGCCAUUUGAAGAUGAAGUCAAUGCUAAUAUAUAUUAAUGUUAAUUUACCCUAGAUGACCAUAUUAGAAAAUAGCUUAAGUUUUUAUAAUUUUAUUGUGUUACAAAUGAGUUGUAACAAUUUUAUUUCUUUUUCUGUCAAAUAAGACUCAAACUCAAUUACAAUCAAUUGGAAAAAAGACUGUACAUACUAAAUAAGUCACAAUUUAUUUAUUUACACAGGAAUCAGUGUGUUAGGUUGGUUGUAAAUGCAGUCAAGCUGUUUUAUAUCGUAUCUUAUGAAGUAGUUUAAAUUAGCAAGUGACGAAGUCACAAAAUAUGGUUGUGCUUUAUGCUAAUUUGUAUAUUAUGUAAUGAAAGUAGCCAUUUAAUCAUUUGUUUCUUGUAUAAAAUAUUUGGUUUAAGUCAAUUACAUUUUUUUUAAAUAGGCUAAUGCAUUUUUUAUAGCCUCAUCAAACCUAAAUAUAAAAUGUGACAGUCAAUCAUUUAUUAUUAUUUGAUCACUUUUGUUUAAUUUGAAUGGCCAUGGAUCUCAGGUGCAGUUUAAUCAUUUGCAGUGUGCUACUGAAUUUAUUAUUAUUUUUUUUAUUUUAUUCCAGCAUAAUUCUGUAAUAAACCACCUUUUUAUGGUACAAAAAUACUUAAAAGCCAAAGUGGUCUCAUGUUUUUCUUAUUAUGAUGUCAGCAAAUGUGUAAUAUAUUUUUUUAAAUGUGGCCACACUUGCAUUAUAAGCUGUGACGCACCCUGUCACAAGCUUGGUCGCAUAAUGAGAUUCAGGAUGGGUGCAAAUCUAAUUUAGAAUAAUUUUUACGGUGGCACUGAAUCUCUGAUAUGACCAUCCAAUCUACAUAAUGUUUUCAAAAUGAUGCAUUGUGACCCCCCACCCCAACCCAUCCACUCGAAUAAAUUUACAAUUUUGGGCUUGUGCAAUAUGAUAUGAGUAUUAAUAUGAAUUAAUAUUAAUAGAGCUUUAGGAGAAAAUAUAUGGGCAGUAUUUCUCUGAGAGAUUUUCUGAGAAGAAUUGAAGUGGUAUUCAAGGUAACAAACACUGAAGAAUAUUAUAAUAAUCCAGCAUGAUUUCUGCAUUUAGGCUGCAUGCGUUUUGAUUUUCUUUGGUAUGAAUUCUGUACUGAUGUUAGCAUUUGAUUUUUCUCGGAGAGUUGUUUUCAUUGCAGUAAAGAAACAUUGACAUUGUAAUUUCUUUUCAGUGUGCUCUUAAAAUUUUUGUCUUUUGUAAUUUUUUUUAAUGCCUCAUACUGUAGCACUCUUCUUGUGUUCAGAUUGUUUAGACUAGAUGCCUUUCCUUAGUAUUUCUUGAAAUAUUUUCCUCAUGUUUUCAACUGUAGAAACAAAUAAAGAAUAUAAUAGAUACUUAUGGACUAUCAAG